GAAGAGAGACCACAACCCCCACCACCACCACCACCACCACCCCCCACUCUCCCCUUUGAGAUAUUAAAAACAAACAAACACCAAGAAAGACUGAAAGACAGCAGUAGCAGCAACAACAACAACUAGCAUUCAAAAACAGGGAAAGUUGCCUGCAAAGCCUUACACCCUUCCAAUCACCAUGCUUUCCUAAUUCUCUCUUCUUCUCUUUUACUUCACUGACUUCUCCUCCUCAUCCCUUCUCUCUUUGUAUCUCUUUGUAUCUCUUUGUAAAUCUAGCUACCUUCUUCAUGGCGUCUGGGUAUCCUGGAAGGGAAUACCUGUUGAAGAGAACACUGCCGGAGCAACAGCAGCAGCAGCAGCAGCAGCAGCAACAGCAACAGCAGAGUCAGCAGCUACAGCAAGCGCUUUUCCUCAGGUCAGUGAAGCACAAGGCUGUUCCACUUCAGACAUCUCCUAUCUCCCCUCUUGAUCUCUCUCAUACUUCAUCUACCCUGGUUGGUUUCUCUUUCCCUCCGGUUGGAGUGAUGGAGAUGCCGGAGUUAGAGCCUGAGCCGGAGUCGGAGAAGAAGACUGUUAUUAUAAAGAAUAGGUUGCAAGAGCUGGAAAGACAGCUGCUUUUGGAUGAUGAUGAAGAUGAAGAGUCUGCCAUCACUAACAACGAGUGGAACGACACCAUCCAACAACUCAUAAGCCCUCUUUCACCUUCUCCAACCUCUUCCUCCUCUUCUUCUUCUUCCUCCUCCUCCUCCUCCUCCAUUGCUUCUUCUUCUUCUUCUUCUUCUUCUUCUUCUUCUUCUUCUUCCCGGCAGUUGCUUUUGGACACGGCCAACGCCAUCUCCGACGGCAACCUUGACACUGCGGCGGCCAACCUUAGUAAACUGAAACAAGCUACUAAUUAUCUCCGUGGAGAUCCUGACCAGCGGCUCACUGCCAUCAUGGUCUCUGCUCUUAUGUCCAGAAUCAACCCCUCCCCGUUGGCCAGCCAUCCGUUCGCUGACCUCGGUAGUGCGGAGCAUCUCGCCGGAACCGCAAUGCUUCACGAGGUCUCCCCUGUGUUCAAGCUUAGCCUCCUGGCUGCCAACCUCGCCAUCCUCGACGCUACCAGAGAUCACCUCAAGAUCCACAUCAUCGACUUUGAUGUCGGCCAGGGCGUUCAAUACGCCACCUUUAUUCACGCCCUCACCGACCAGUACCGUCACAACCACUCUUCGCGUCUCCCCGCCGUCAAGAUCACCGCCGUCGCCGACCCCUCCCUCCCCUUUCACGCUUCCCAUCUCAAGAACAACAAUAGCAAUCUCAGGCAGGUCGGCGAGCGACUCGCUCGGCUAGCGGAGAAAGCCGGCGUCGGUCUCCGAUUCAACAUCGUCUGCCGGAGACCUUCCGAACUAGAUCGCUCCACCCUCGGUUGCGAACCCGGCGAGGCUCUCGCCGUGAACUUCGCCUUCCUCCUAUCCCGCGUCGCCGACGAGAGCGUCACUCCAGCCAACCCCCGCGACGAGCUACUCCGGCGCGUCAAAGCUCUGUCUCCUCUCAUCGUCAUCCUCGUCGAACAAGACAUGAACACCAACACCGCCCCCUUCGCCCCUCGCUUCGCCGAAGUCUGCGCGCACUACGGAGCGCUUCUCGACUCGAUCGACCUCUCAAAUCGCACGCGCGUGGAGACGUGCAUCGUGCGCAAAGCCACCAACGCCGUGGCUCGCGACGGCGCCGAUCGUAUCGAGCGCUGCGAGGUGUUCGGCAAGUGGCGCGCUAGGAUGGGGAUGGCCGGGUUCACACCGAGUCCACUCACCGCAUCAGUUACCGAGUCGGUCCAAGCCCGACUCGGUUCAAUCAGACCCAACCCGGGUUUCACACUUAAACAGGACGCCGGCGGGCUUUGUCUCGGCUGGCACGGUCGUAACCUCACCGUAACUUCCGCUUGGCGUUAACCCCGCCACCCCAAUUAUUUAAUCACUGUGACUUUUUUUUAUCCCUCUAUCUUUUUUUAUUUUUAUUUUUAUUUUUAAUUUUCUUAUUAUUAUUAUAUAUAUAUAUAUAUAUAUAUAUAAUUAAUGAAUCCAUUACUGUGUUGCUUGCUA